ACGUACAAACCAUAAAGGAGCGAGCAGAGCGCAUGCGUCCACGGUGCCUGCCCCAGGAUCAGAGAGACCUGCCAGUCUCCUCCGUCGACCGCCCCGCGCAUGCGCAGACUAUAAACCAACACCCCGGGAGUUGAGGCGCCGGUUUGGUGGCGCGUUUUCUAGCGAAGUCCCACGUGAAGGAUAGCGGUGACCGGAGCAGGCGCGAAAGGAAAAAGAAGAGGAAGGAGCACUGACUGGAGGUAGUGUGGACAGCCCCACCCCGCCCUGGCAGAGCAAACCACAGCUGAACAUAUGGGGACAUCUCACCACCACAACACAAACAUGGCAGGCGCACACAGCACUCCGUUAUGGAGCAGACAUCUGUUCAAAGCUGUCCUGAUGGUCCUCGUGGCCUUUCUCCUCGUCCACUCCGCCGCAUCAGCCCAGUCUCAUCGAGAGUUUGCCUCACCCGGUCAACAGAAGAAGGAGACCUCAGCUGAUAUUUUGACCCAGAUUGGCCGAUCUCUGAAGGAGACUUUGGAUACCUGGCUAGGGCCAGAGACCAUGCAUGUGAUUUCAGAGACCCUGUUGCAGGUGAUGUGGGCCAUCUCAUCAGCCAUCUCUGUGGCCUGCUUUGCCCUGUCUGGGAUUGCUGCCCAGUUGCUGAGUGCCCUGGGGCUGGAUGGUGAACAACUCACCCAGGGCUUGAAGCUCAGCCCUAGCCAAGUCCAGACCCUUCUACUGUGGGGAGCAGCAGCACUGGUCAUCUACUGGUUGCUGUCCCUGCUCCUAGGCUUGGUCUUGGCCUUGCUAGGGAGGAUCCUGGGGGGUCUGAAACUUGUCCUCUUUGUCGCUGGCUUUGUGGCCCUGGUGAGGUCUGUGCCCGACCCAUCUACCCGGGCCUUGAUGCUCUUGGCCUUGUUAACUCUCUUUGCCUUGCUGAGCCGGCUCACUGGCUCCAGGAGCUCAGGGAGCCACCUGGAAGCGAAGGUGAGAGGGCUGGAGCGCCAGAUAGAAGAGCUUAGAGGGAGGCAGAGACGAGCAGCCAAGAUGCCCAGGAGCAUGGAAGAAGAGUGACAAGGGCGUCCCCAAGAGACACCCUCACCGUACCAAAGAGCUGAGCUGCUUCUGGGUCUCUCGGCCCUCCUUGCAGCCCCCCUGCCCUUUCCUUGCCUUGUGUCCAGAAUCCUUCACACCUUUACCCCUGCGCUAGCCCCUGGCUGAGAGGAGAGAACCUGUCCUCUGCCGGUGCUCAGUCAAGUGAUGGCUCCCUGCCCUUCUGUGCUCCCGGCCUGCCUCCCCCAGGGCAGGUUGGAGCCCUCAGCCCUGGCUUCUGCUCUCAGCCAACACCACUGCCGCUGAUCUCCGUGAUGAUUAACCUGCUGCUUCCUUAUACAAGGCCUGCCCAGGCUAAAGCUCCUGUUUGACCACCCCCUCCCCACUACCCCACCCCUGCCCCAGGUCUUUUCUUCCUGCUCCCAGCCACACUACCAUCCCAAGUCCCUUGAGGCCCUCUCUGUCUUCCUCAUUGCACUGCAAUGGGCAGGGGCAGGAGAUUGGAGACAUGAGGAUGAAGGGGGGAGGAAAGGGUCCCUGGAGGCCUGUGCAUCUAUGCUCUGUUACAAGUGCCUUAGCAGGAGUCAGCAGCACCCUCCAGGUGCCCCUUGCCACACUGAAUGUGGGAAAGUGUGCUGUGGCUACUUCGUGGCCAGAGUGAGCCCCUUACAGAAUCCCCACUCCAGCAAACAAAGCAACGACCCUGCUGGGAUUGUCAAAUCUCCCUUGAGGGUUUCAGAGACCUUGAAAAGGGCAGGAGGACCUGCUGUCUUGCAGUUUUACCCCUGUCCACUCUCUGCCAUCCAGAAGCAAGCGUUGGUCAGUGUUGUGUCCCAGUAGCUGGGAAGGGCAUGGCUUUGCCCUGAUCUGUUCUGCAGGGCUAGGAGUGAGCCUGCCACUAACCCCUCUCCACCACUUGCUCACUCUUGGCCUUGGCCUUGGCCUUUAGGUUCCUGGUGGAGGGAGAUAACCCAUGCCAGGACCAGCACAAGAUGUGAAGAAUAAAUGCCUAUUCUUACUGAAGGUUUGAUGUGGAAUCAUGGCUGCAGUGAUGUUUUUAUCAGCGCUUGGUGGUUUUAAAGUGCAUGCUAUUUUAUUAUCUUCUUCUGAAUAAAAUGUAUUUACUCAAAAGUC